CAAUAUGUGAAAGUAACAGAUGAACAGUAAGCUUCCUGAGUUUCCGCACUUCAUUUCAGAAACUCUGAAAUCAAAGACCAGAUCUGAUAUUCACUCACAGUCAUGGCAUCCUCCAGUGGUUCAGUACUAAAUCAGGAGCUCCAGUGCUCCAUCUGUCUGGACGUGUUCACUGAUCCAGUCACCACUCCAUGUGGACACAACUUCUGCAGAACCUGCCUGAGCAAGUGCUGGACGAACACACAGACCUGCUUCUGUCCAAUCUGUAAAGAAACAUUCAGCAGAAGACCUGAUCUCAAGAUUAAUACAACACUCAGAGAGGUUGUGCAACACUUUAAGAAGCUCAAUCUAGGAGAAUCUGAGGUGUUCUGUGACAUCUGUGAUGAAAGAAAGCAGAAAGCUGUGAAGUCCUGCCUGACAUGUCAAAGCUCUUACUGUGAUGAUCAUCUGGAGCCUCAUCUCAGAGUCCCACGUCUGAAGAAACACACACUGAUCAACGCUGUGGAAAAUCUGGAGGAUUAUAUAUGCCAGAAACACAAGAGACCUCUGGAGAUGUUCUGCAGAGAUGAUCAGAUGCAUGUUUGUCUGUCCUGCGCUGAAGGAGAACACAGGACUCACAACACUGUUCCUAUAGAGGAGGAGAGUCAAGAGAAGAAUCAGCUGUUUCAGACACAGACAAACGUUCAUCAGAUGAUCCAGGACAGAAUGAAGAAGAUUCAAGAGAUCAAACACUCAGUAGAGCUGAGAAAAAGAAACACAGAAAAAGAGAAAUCAUCCAGUGUUGAGUUCUUCACUGAUCUGAUCUGCUCUAUUGAGAGAUGUCAGUCUGAGCAGCUGAAGAUGAUGGAGAAACAGCAGAAAGAAGCAGAGGAACAGGCUGAAGAUCUCAUUAAAGAGCUGCAGCAGGAAAUCACUGAGCUGAAGAGAAGAAACACUGAGAUGUGCUCAUCCCUGUCCAGGCGUCCACACACAAAGAACUGGACUAAGAUCAGGAUUGACUCUGAUGUGAAUGCGAUCCCUCUGUAUAGAGCUCUGACUCAACUGAAGAAUACUCUGAAUAAAAAAUUCUAUCAAACAGGGUUGAAGUCUGUGCAGAAGUAUGCAGUGGAUGUGACUCUGGAUCCUGAUACAGCACAUCGAUAUCUCAUCCUGUCUGAUGAUGGAAAACAAGUCAGUGAAGGAGACAUUAUGCAGGAUGUCCCAGACAACCCAAAGAGAUUUUAUGCCCUUUGUGUUCUGGCAAAGCAGGGAUUCAGUUCAGGGAGAUUUUACUAUGAGGUGCAGGUGAAGGGAAAGACUGGGUGGAGGUUAGGAGUGAUCAGAGAAUCCAUUAACAGGAAGGCAAGUUUCAGACUCAGUCCUAAGAAUGGAGUCUGGACUGUGAUUCUGAUGAAUGAGAAUCAAUAUAAAGCUUGUGAAGAUUCACCUGUCUCUUUAUCUCUGAGAGUGAAACCUGAGAAGGUGGGAGUGUUUGUGGAUUAUGAGGAGGGUCUGGUCUCUUUUUUUGACGUGGACUCCAGAUCUCAUAUCUACUCUUUCACUGGUCAGACUUUCACUGAGAAACUCUAUCCAUAUUUUAACCCAUGCAGUAAUGAUGAUGGUAAAAACUCAAGUCCACUGAUCAUCACACCUGUCAGUUAAAAUGAGUAAAAAAAAAAAAAAAAAAAAAAAAAAAGAAUUCUUAAAAGAUUACCAAUGGAUGUACUGUUUUUAAUGGAUAAGAAUGUGUAAGGGAAGAAGAAAGAGAAUUUGCACUAACCACAAAUAGAUUUUACUUACAAUUAUAAAGAAAUUAAUAUAUGAUAGACAAAAUGUGUACAAGUGCAAAAAAGAACAGUUUAUUUGGGCCCAUAAAAAAUCUAAUGCUGGCAAAACAUGGAACUACAAGUUAUUUGUACAUGUGCAUGGUCAAUUUGUUAUGAGUCUAUACAUUUCUAAUGAACACAAUGAUUUGUCUGCUUUUGUUUUUCAUUGAUUCUUUUUUCAAAUAUACUAUAAAAAUGUAACAUAAUAUGAUUUAAUCUUUAAUGGUGAAAUUCUACAUAAUAUCCUAAAUUAACAAACUUUUGUGUUUCUACAUGUGGUUUUGUAAAGAAAAUUCUGAAGCCAUUUUCUCUCUUCUCUCCAGCUGUUAACACUUGAAUUACUUGUGAAAUGUUGAGGUUUUUGGUUGACAAUGGAAGAACUGCAAAAUCUGAAUAAAGACAUGUUCAGUUCUUUAACUGAUAUUGCUCAUAAUCUAAACAGCUUGCUAAUCAUGCAAAAACGUAUUGGAGAAUGAUUCAAGCUCAUGAACAUCUGCUCACAUAAACAUUACAACAAAUAAAUGUGAUAUGAAUAAAA